AUGGCCUUCCCACUCACCACUAUAUCAGUCACAAACGCCCACGACUCAUUCCUCUCGUCAUCACCGACUACUGGAAGAGACGCACGCCUUACAGCAAAGAUGCCUGCUGGUCUACUCGAUCUACCUCCCGAGCUCAGGCUCAUCGUCUACAAAUACCUGCUAUCCCCACUGGAAGUGCAGCUCAGAAGAGUCCAGCGCGGCAGAAGCGUCGGCUCACAUGCCAAGUCUAAGCAAGCUCAUCCGUUCUUCAAAUUCGAUUGUGCUGUCGAAGCCAGAAGACAAGCUGCCAUCAUCUUGAAGAGCCACACUCCUCUCCUCAUGAUCUGCCGUUCCAUCAAGAAGGAGUAUGGGCCUCUGCUUUGCAAAGUUCUGCAGCCCGUCUUCAUCGACUACCGUGCAGACAGCCUGGGCGAAAUGGGGUCCUUGACAUUGUUCUUGAAGGGAAAUGAUGCCCAACUACCGAAGCACAGCCUCCUAAGAGAAGAUCAUUCUCUUGGAUCGAAAGCAGCAAUCGGUCGACCGCUGCUCGACAAGCUCCAUUUCAUGGGCAUCGCAGAUUCUCAGCAUCUGACGACUUCAUUCACCAGGAGGAGCGUCUACGAGAGUUUAACGCUGUCCCGACUCCAUGACGGCGCGAGAGUUGUGAUCUACUACAUGCAUCACUGGAAAGACAAGGAUGAUGUGACCAACAUCUGGAUGACUGCUCCGCUCACGACUUUGGAUUGGGAGAACGGAGGUUCUGAGAGGGGGAAGUGGAAAGUGGUCAAGUGGUACAGCACUGGUGGAGACUAG